AUGGAGAAAAAGCGGCGGGCCGGCCAAGGGAUAUGCGGUGCAGUGGUCUAGUGGUUGUGUUUGUGCCACGGAAGGAGGUGUGAGCCAGCGGCGGGACGACAGCCGCCUAUAAGAAAUGCCGUGAUGGCAAGAGAGGAAUCCCGCGGAAAGAGACCCUUCAAGUUAUGGGACGGGCGGCGUAGCGUGCGCAAGGGGUUGGUGGUGGGGAGUCUCGAGGAGCUGGUGCAACGCGGCAGGGAUAAACUUGGCGUAUCCGUCGGGGAGCCGGUGCGGCUCGUCCUCGAAAGCGACGGCACCCAAGUCGAAGACGCCGAGUACUUUCGUACACUACCUGCCAAUACCAUUCUUCUGCUGCUCAGACCAGGAGAGAGAUGGUUACCGGCGGGUGUGGACGUCAUUCGAGCAGUAGCAAUCUCUGCCAUUCCGAAAAUCGUAUGCGAGACAAUUCAUGCGCUGGAGCUGCACGAUGAGACACCCUCAUGGAAAAUUAUGGAUAACAAGGGACGUGUUACCGUCGUCUUGCACUGGGACCAGCGUUCGGGUCCUUCCAGGGCUUCAUCCGAAACGCCAUCACCCGCCCCGGGCAAGUUUUCGCCCAGCAAACGACCGUCUCUCGUGAUUCAGACCGGACCCGGGGGCAAGAAGGAAACGAUAAUUAACGACGUGUACGUUCCUGCUCCAGCUCAGCCCCAACCGCGAUACUCCAGCCCCCAGAUCACUGUGAUAAAUCAUGACGACGUGAAACCUGUUCACCGACUGUCCAAGCAGGGCAGCAGUUCCUUGGAGAGUGCUACCAUUCACAUUCAUACACCCGAAUGCGCCCAUCAUGCCCACAUGCCGCGUGCGGGCAGCCCGCAGAGCAACGGAGCCAUCGAGUGCGACUUCCACUGCUGCGCUCUGCACGAAGAGGGUAGGAAGAUUGCCGUGCACAAGAGUGUGGCGACGUCGCCCAUCCAAGACACGCAGCAAACUUCUCCUCAACCUCCCUCAUCCAGACAUGUACGUUUUUUAGAUAUUGAAGGUGGCGGCCGAGGCGGGCAGUCCGAACACGAAAGCUCCGAAAGCGAAACGGAGAAUACCGUGAUGGAGGACGAGGCCGUCACCUCUGAGAAGUUCCUGCUGCUGAUCGAUCAAUUAAGCGUAGAUCAGAAGCGUCAUUUAAGCAUCAAAGAUAUAGGCAUCAUCUUGGAGAGACUCAGCUCCAAGAUUUUGGACGUGGAGCGGCUAGACCGAGAGAGCGAAAGCGACGACUGCUACAACUGGACCAUCAAAGCAACGAUCAGAGGAGACGUUCUACGUGAGCUGGGAGUUAUUUAUAACGGAAACUACUAUGCCAUCUCCGAGCAUCCCGGCUACAAGGAGGAGAACGAAGGUAUCGUGGAGGAGGCGGAAGAAGAGGAGGAAGAAGAAGAUCGGCUGUGA